AACGACUGAAAAAGAAUAAAAGAAGAAGAAUCUUAAAAACUGCUUGUAAUCAUUCUUGUUUUGUCAGUACAUUAGUUUCACUAUUCAAUUUAAAAAAGGGUUCUCGGCUUAUAUUUACGACAAUUUAUUAAUUUUCCGGUUUGAAACUAGAUACUAGAAGCGAAAAAAUGCCUGACCAUCUGGGAGAUGAUAUGCGUAAAGUCAAAGCUGAGCCAGAACAAGAAGAAAAAGAUAUCAAAUCUUUAGAUGAAGGUGAUAUUGCCCUACUAAAAACCUAUGGACAAGGGCAAUAUACAAAGAGUAUUAAAAAUGUUGAAGAAGAUAUCCAAGCCAUUAUUAAGAGGGUCAAUGAGCUUACUGGUAUUAAAGAAUCUGAUACUGGACUCGCUCCUCCUGCCUUAUGGGACUUAGCUGCAGAUAAACAAAAUCUACAAAAUGAACAGCCCCUGCAAGUAGCCAGAUGCACAAAAAUUAUUAAUGCUGAUACUGAUGAUCCUAAAUACAUCAUUAACGUAAAACAGUUUGCCAAGUUUGUUGUGGAUUUGGCCGAUUCUGUGGCACCAACUGAUAUUGAAGAAGGCAUGAGGGUUGGAGUUGAUCGUAACAAAUAUCAGAUUCACAUCCCUUUACCGCCAAAAAUUGAUCCUACGGUGACUAUGAUGCAGGUUGAAGAAAAACCAGAUGUGACUUACAGUGAUGUAGGAGGUUGUAAGGAACAAAUUGAAAAACUCAGAGAAGUAGUAGAAACGCCACUUUUACAUCCAGAAAAAUUUGUUAAGUUGGGCAUUGAACCUCCAAAGGGUGUUUUACUGUUUGGCCCCCCUGGAACUGGAAAAACACUUUGUGCCAGAGCUGUCGCUAAUAGAACUGAUGCUUGUUUUAUUAGGGUUAUUGGUUCUGAACUAGUGCAGAAAUAUGUCGGAGAGGGUGCCAGGAUGGUGAGAGAGCUUUUCGAAAUGGCCAGAUCUAAGAAAGCCUGCCUUAUAUUUUUCGAUGAAAUUGAUGCCAUUGGUGGAGCCAGGUUUGAUGAUGGGGCCGGCGGUGAUAAUGAGGUCCAACGUACAAUGUUGGAAUUAAUUAACCAGCUGGACGGUUUCGAUCCCCGAGGAAACAUUAAGGUUCUUAUGGCUACAAACAGACCGGAUACUUUGGACCCUGCACUGAUGAGGCCCGGCCGUUUGGACAGAAAGGUCGAGUUUGGGCUGCCCGAUCUAGAGGGCAGAACCCACAUUUUCAAGAUUCAUGCCCGAUCAAUGAGCGUGGAAAGAGAUAUUCGAUUUGAAUUAUUGGCUAGAUUAUGUCCAAACUCUACUGGAGCAGAAAUAAGAUCCGUCUGUACUGAAGCUGGUAUGUUUGCCAUACGAGCCAGAAGGAAAGUAGCCACCGAAAAAGACUUCUUGGAAGCAGUCAAUAAAGUCAUUAAAUCUUACGCCAAGUUCUCGGCUACUCCUAGAUAUAUGACGUAUAAUUAAGGAGAACGAAACCAAUUUAUUUUUGGGGUUUGGUAAGUCUUGUUAAAUCCGAUUAUCAAACCAAUAACAUUUUUGUAAACAACAAUUAUUUAAAAGUGUUGCAUACAUUUUCGGUUUAUAAAUAUAAAGUUUCUGUGGCGUUUUGUAACAAUGCUUUAAAUAAAAAAAGUAUUAAUCUUAAA